CAUGAAUGAUGUUUCCUUCGUGGCUCCGAGAAGAAAUUCGAUUCUUGAAGCAGCGUACUUCGAUCAGGUUGAAGAGAAGGAGGUGAAGAGGUUAUGCAAUACGAGCACGAUUAUUACAGUGAACGGGCAGUUUCCAGGGCCCACUUUGGAGGCUCAUAACGGAGAUAGCUUCGUCGUCAAAGUUGUCAACCGGGUCAAAUAUAAUGUUACAAUUCACUGGCAUGGAUUGAGGCAAAUGAGAAAUGGAUGGGCGGAUGGGCCCGCCUAUGUGACCCAAUGUCCAAUUAAGUGUGGUGGGACUUACACGUAUAGGUUCAAUGUCGAGAGCGAAGAGGGUACAUAUUUUUGGCAUGCUCAUGCCCCUUGGCUCAGGUUCACCGUUCAUGGCGCCAUCAUCAUAUACCCCAAGUUAUCUUCCUCCUAUCCUUUCCCUAAACCACAAAAAGAGGUCCCCAUCAUUCUUGGAGAAUGGUGGAACAUGAAUUACAUUCAAGAGUCAAAGAAGAACAUAGAGAACGGAGGAUUUCCCAUUCUCAGUGAUGCCUUUCUCCUCAAUGGCCAACCCGGUGAUCUCUUUGAGUGCUCUAGCAAUGAAACAAUGGUGAUCGCCGCGACUGCCGGCGAAACCAUACUCCUCCGCUUCAUCAAUGCAGCAAUGAAUGUCGAGCUCUUCGUCUCCAUCGCCAGCCACGACAUGAACGUCGUUGCGGUCGAUGGCUCUUACAUCAAACCCUUCAACACCUCCUACCUAAUCCUCGGCCCCGGCCAGACAACGGAUGCCCUAAUCUACACCAACCGAAGCCGGGGGCGUUAUUACAUCGCCGCCCACCCCUUCGCCAACGGCUAUCCAACCGUCCCAUUCCUGAACUCCACCAUACUCACUUACGACGCAUACAUCCAUUCCAAUCCCCUCUUCCCCAUUCUCCCCGCCAAUGUUGACAAAGCUUCCGCAUUCAAUUUCGGGUUGAAUCUCAGAAGCCCUAGCCCAAUUAUAGUCCCCGAACCUGUGGACGAAGAUCUGCUCAUUGUUGUCGACCUCCGCUUGGUUGCAGGGCAUAAAAUAAAUGCGAGCAUGAAUGAUAUUUCCUUCAUGGCUCCUGGAACAAAUUCGAUUCUCCAAGCCGCGUAUUACAAUCAGCCCGGUGUUUUCAGGUGUGAUUUCCCCUCUCACCCGGCUAAGAAAUUGAACCAUACGAUAAAGGGAACUAAGAUCUAUAGGAUCAAGUAUGGGGCGGUUGUUCAAGUUGUGUUGCAGGGAGGCACAACAUUGGUGUCGGGUCAUUUGCAUGGGUAUGCUUUCUAUGUGAUGGGGAGGGGGAUUGGUGAGUUUGUGAGGGAGAGGGAUGGGGGUAAGUUGAAUAUGGUGGAUCCGCCGUUGAGGAAUACCGUGGGGGUGCCGGCGGCGGGGUGGACCGUGAUAAGGUUUGUGGCGGAUAAUCCGGGGGUUUGGCUGAUGCAUUGUCAUAUAGACCUGCACUUUCAGUGGGGGAUGGCAAUGGCGUUUUGGGUGGAGAAUGGGGUUGGGGAGAUGGAAUCCGUUAGGCCUCCGCCACCUGAUCUUCCACAUUGUUGAUUGUGAUGAUAGUAACAGAGUUUAACAAGGUUGUUGUUGAGGAGGAGGGCUGAUAGUUAAUAUAUUGAGAUGUUU